AUGCUUCACAUACUCUUAUUGCUGCUGUUGGGCACCGCCUCCGCCGCAGUACCCGACUGCACGCGCCAUGCAUUGAACAUCAACACGAAGCGGUACAUCGCGGCAUUGGCAACGGGCCGACAUGAAUGGCUGGAGUCCAUCCUCACUCCCAACACAACAUACUCGCAGAAUCUGGAACCCGCUCCGAUCGCCAAAGUCACCGUUUCUGCAACUCCUCUGACCAUAUCCUACCACCGCACGACGUACGACACCGUGCAGUGCGCGACACACACAGAGAUCCUGGUCACCAACCCUGUCAACCCGUACAUGAUCGCCACGCAGCUGCGCUUCGACCCCUUCGCGCAAAAGCUGGCUUCUAUCGAUACAAUCGUCACGGUACCGGGAGAUCUUCUCUUCAACGCAACACACGCACUCCACUACUACCUAGCUCUGGCCCAGCCCGAAGGCCACGGGGGCUCCUCGUGGGGCAUCCCUAUCGCUCCCGAGAAGCAGGACUCGCGAGCGGUGCUGCAGUCGGCCGCAGACGCCUACUACGACGUCUUCUCCAACAAGUCCGUCGUGGUGCCCUGGGGCGAGCCCUGCACGCGCCUGGAGGGAGGCUACCUCGACGCCAACGGCACGUGCGACAUGGGCAUCCCGGACGUCACGGCAAAGACGGAGAACAGGCGAUACGUCAUCGACGAAGACGUCGGGUCUGUGGCGGUGCUGUCCAACUUUGGUAUCCUGGGUCCCGACGUCCACGAGUUUCGCAUCGCGGGAGGGAAGAUAUUCGGCAUCCGGAGCAUGACCGUAUGUAAGGAAAAGGACGACUGCGGCCUUUCACCGCCUGAGGGGCUGCGGGAAGAGGUGGGAUGGUAG